AUGACUUUCGCACCUAUUUUUAACAAACGAAAGAGACCAAGACAGGCUUUGCAGUCAAUGGAACAUAAUUUGGGUAUUGGAGCUGGUGAAAAAGAAAUGAGGCCAUGGGCAUCAAGUGGCCAGGCAUAUAUGCAGAACAAUAAGAGCCAAAUGGCACCUCAAAAACAAUAUAAAUGGCCAAAUACUGACUAUUUUGGGGAAUUGGAAAAAAAUCAAGUUGUCCAUACAUCCAGAAGGAGUUUUAUACAACAGGAUCAAAGAAAGAAAAGCUAUGCCCCAGAUUCCAAAUCAGGAUUGAUGCCUUAUCCCAGAAAAACAAGUUCAACAAUGAAUGACUUAAAGAAAAAUCCACCAACACAGGAUAGAAGACUUGUUCCAAGUUCAUAUGGCAGUAAGCAACAUGUGACAAAACAUGAUGGUGGUGGUGGUGGGCACCCUGUUCACCCAAGUCCACUAAAAGGACAGCAGCCAUAUGGUAUGCCUCAUAUGCCAUCUGGGUAUGGAAGGCCACAAAUUCAACCCAGUCCACAGAAAAGGCCACACUCAUAUGGUUUGCCAUGUAUGCCACCUGCAAACAGAAGACAACAAUUUCAACAAUUUGCUCAACAGACACCAUAUGGAAACCAAGCUGCAGUAGAAAAUGAAGCAGUUGAUACUAAAUUGUACAAGCCUGUUCAACCUGACACAAGUUUAAAGAUCCUAACUGCCACCAUAGAAGGCAUGAAGCAUUGGUCACAAUAUAAAAAGGACAUUCCUCUUAUCUUUGAAAUAUAUGCUCACCUGGACUCUGCCAUAUCUUCUACCCCAGACAACCUUGGGAAAACAUUUGAAAUGAAAGACUGCAAGCAGAGAAUUUUAUGCACAUUUUAUGAAAUAGACCGCCCCCUCCCUAGGUUGAUCAGGGGACAAUUGCUAAGGUGUGUAGGAAGCCUCAAUAAUGAUGGAACUACAUUUAAAUGUGUGUCAGUGCGUCCAGCCCUAGAUUUGGAAAAGAAAGUCAUUCAACAAAAUAUUGCUGCUGCUGACAGAAGCAUGCGGAAAAUAGUUGCUCAGAUCAAGAAAAGUCAGUUGUAG